AUGUCGAGCCACGCCAACGCCAACAACAACACCUCGCAGGGUGCCGGCGGCGGCGGCUAUCCCAGCACCUGGCCCUUCAACGCCGCGGGAUUCAACGCCGCCGCCGCAGUCGGCACCAACGCGGCGCACACCUCACCCACGACGAGCAACAGCAGCAGCAGCGGCAUCGGCCGGCCCCAUCUCAACAGCGGCAGCGGUAGCAUGUUUCCGACGUCUGGCGGCAGCGGACGGUACGCUACCCGGACGGGAAACCCAUACGAAACCUCGCUGGUCAGACGUCGAAACCAGAUAAGCUCUGCGGCGGGUUCCUCUCGUGACCGGAGGACGCAAAACGGCCAGAGCCAGGGAGGUGACCCAGAGCGCAAGAGAGUCGUCGUCGCUGAGAUGCGCAAAAAGGAGCACGAGAAGCGAAUGGCGGCGGCGGCUACUGUCAACACCUUUAGCUACGACCUGGACGCCUGUCGCCAAUACCAAUCGCGCGGCGCGGCAUCCAUCGGACCAAACAUGUCCGUCUCCGCGCCUCCCGCACACUCCUCCCUGUACGGUGCGUCAUCCACGAGUGCUUUUGGCGGCCCGAGCAACGUCAUGUAUAAUUGGGCUCCAGGCGCUGCUGGCGGAGGAUAUGGCGACGGUAGCGGCCACGGAACUGGCGCACACGGCAACGGCGGAGCGAGCAUGGGGUAUGGAAUGCCCUAUAACAGCAUGUCCUACCACGGCAUGCCGAGCCCGGAAGCAAGCUAUUUGGGAGAAAAUGACUUGUUGGAUCGACCGACGACGGCAACUAUGGCCGACGCCGGGGCGUUUGCGCUGCAGAGCUUGUCGCAGGGCUUGACGAGCGGCGGCCACAGCCACCCGUAUGGCCACGGGCACGGGCACGGGCACGGACACGGCGCCAUGGCGACAUCGACACCUCGAUCGCUCCCCGGACCGCCGACGGUGCUGGGCUCCUCGCGGGGCGUGCCGCCCUCGUCCGUCUUUUCCGCCUCACGAGCGCCGCAGCAGUACCCGUCCCCGGCGACGACACCCAUCACGAGCGGCGUGAGCCCGGUAUGGACGGGAUAUGAGCAGUCGCCUUACGGGACGGCCGCGAUGCCCACCAGCAUGGCUGCGCAGUCGCUUGAGAGGCUGCCAGACCUGUACACGGCGACACCGCCGCCACCAGCUGAGAAUGCGGCGUCGGGUCGUAGUAGCCAGCACGGAGACGACGAGGGCCUGAACGGUGGUGACGGGAGCAGCAGUGGCAACGGGCAUAACCAGACCCAGCAGCAACAUAACCACUUCGAAUACGACUAUGGGAAUAGCGCUGGUGGGCAGUCGGAGGGCAACGGAGAGGAACACUCUGGCGGUAGUGGUGUAGACAUGGUCAACAACCACGCGGCGGCGUCUGGAACCUACUAA